GCCUUGUGCACGGUGCGCCGCAAAUGAACCAUAUCGAUCAAGUUGCCCGCGGUUGCCAUGGUAGAGCGUCGUCGUUUGUUGCGUUGUGCACCUCGAAAAAAAAGUACCUUUCUCAGUUGCUGUUGAAGACAUCUAGCACGAACAAGCAGGUCGUUCCGCUUUUGGAUUGUGGUGCGCUUCAGCUGUGGUCUGUAAAAAUGCUAAAUUCUCUUUUCGUUAACCAUCAAGAUCAAAAGGAGGCGUUAGCUAUCGAGCGUAGAAGACGCUACGAAGAGUCGCGCAAGCAACGCAUCUUCAAUGCUAGACGACGCAUUAUCGGGGUUGACACCGAUGCACUCGGCCUACAGGUACAGCAGAAGCAUGAGGCCGAACAGGCCCAGGCAGAGCAGCAGCGCAAGUUUGCGGAAGAGAUGCGCCGCCAGGAGCAGGUCCUGCUCCUGAAGCAGCACGAGCAGCGCCAGGACCGCGUGCGGGAGGCGAACGAACUGAACCGGUUCCGCGCAUCGCACCAGAAGCCGGAGCAGUCGCGCGACUUUGACCUUUUCGAUCCGGACGGUUUGAAGAAGUCGCUACCGGCCCGCCUCGGCGAUGACGAUCCACGGCUAACGAUUUCCGGCGCCCAGAAGUUUGACGGCGAAGACCUGGAGGAGCGGCACCGCCGCAAGGUGCAGAUCGAGCAGCAGCGGUCCUGGCUGGAGCAGCAGAUCCGCGAGAAGCGGCAGGCCGAGCUGGACCGCCGGGCAGCCGAAACGUUCCUCGAGAGCUCGCUGAUGUCGCGCGAGCAUCGGCUCCACCAGCUUGCCUCCCAGGAGCGGUACGCGCGGGGCAAAAUUCAGCAAGCGGUCAACGAGUUCAACCGCCGCCUGAUGACCGAACAGGAGCAGCAGCGUUUGCGGCGCGACCGCGAGGAGCAGGAGGACAAUCUGGCCGAAAUCUACAACAAUCUCACGAGCGACGUGCUGACGGAGAAUCCGGACGCGGCGAAAAGCAGCUUCGGCCCGAACCGGGUCAUUACCGCGCAGUACAAGGGUAUGUCGCCGGAGGAGAUUGAGCAGGUACGGCGCACGCAGGACCGGCAGCUCGAGGAGCUGAAGCGCAGGCGGGAGCAGGAGGCCAACACGCGCAAGGCGUGGGAUCAGCUGGCGAACGAGUUCGAUCGCACGGUCACGGUGAAGGAGCGCGAGCUGAACCGACGGCGUCACGCGCUGGCCGAACAGAUACGGCACGAAAACCGCGAGCUCUCGAUGGAGCAGCAGCGCCGGGUGGAGUAUCUGGACCGGGUGGUCUAUCAGAACCGACCGACGGAGGCCUACUUCGAUCAAUUUAACACCUGCACGAGAUAGAACGGUGCGGGAAAUUUUACCAACCGUAUUUUAAAGAGCAUUUCCCGACAUUGCUUUUGGCACGCGUUUUGUGUGAGUGUGAUUGUAGGAGAAUAAAUUAACUUGUGCACAACUCCUCUUUUUGGCGGAGAGAGUGAAAAAAGGCA